ACCGCGCCUCCCACUGGCCAACCAGUCACUCGACUGGAUAAUCUGUGGGCCACGCUGGUGAUUACAUAACACGAGCCCACGGCGCCCGCCGCCAUGAACGUGGACUACCUGUCGCCCCCAUCUAGCGCUCAAUAGCCUCAUAACGCGCCGUUUUCCUGCCACGGCUCUGGACACUGACCUUGGGUCUGUGUCAUGUGAAGCAUCCUGCGCUGCAGACUGCCGUGGGUGUCACCGCCCGCACGCAGCAGCCUGCAGGCAGCGCUCCACAGCCGCUUCUGUCUAUUCUCAGCGCUGAUGUGAUGAUAAACCAUUGCUCCUUUCCUUUUUCAGUGAUGUUUUCCUGGUUCUCAGUCUCCCCAUUCAGCUAAAGGCAGCCACACCCCCUCACGAGGAGACCACAGUUACCAGGUGACAUGAAAACACAGGCACAUGAACUAAUGAACUGAAGGAAAUCACAGCCCGAGAAUGUCCAAUGAGACGAGGCUUCAGCCGUAUGCCGGCAGAGCUGACGCGUGUGAGGCUCAGCCUCAGGAGAGGACACUGGCUGUGCUGCUGGAGGAGGCUUUGAGGAUCAAAGAGGAGGUGGCAGCGGGCCUGCGGUCCUGCACGGGCUCCGUCCGGGCCCAGGCGCUGUCCCGCCAGCUGCUGGAGACUCACAUACUGACCAUCACGCGCAUCGUGAAGCGGCUCAGCGUCGACAUACAGGCGCUGGAGAGACAGAUCAGCCAGCGUGACUCUGUUACCUCUGGAACAACAUUAGCCAUCCAGCGCCUGGACCAGAAGAAUGGGGAGGCCAUCGGAGACCUGAGAGUGAGAGUGGCCAGGUGUGACGCGAGCAUUUCCAAACUGAGCGCUGACACGAGCUCCGGGGAGCAGCAGAAGGCUCGGCUGCAGCAGGAGGUGACGGAGCUCAGGCUGGCUGUGGAUGCAAAGCUUAAGGAGAUGGAGGUCAAGCUUAAUGGAGCACUAAAAAGACUGGAGGACUUUUUGACAGAACAUUCUCGGAAACAGAGGAAGUCAGUGGCUGAUCUGCAGAGACAAGUAAAACUACUAGAGGACAAGAUGUCGGCUGAGCUAAAGAAAGCCAACGAGCAGACAGAUGUACUGAGGAAAUGCACCGAACAGUUCAGCAGCAUCACCCUGACACAUGCAGAGAAGAACCAGCAGCUCCGCUCACAGCUACAGCACAAAAUGUCUGAGGCAGAGUCCACAUUAGGUGAACAACUGCGUGGUCUGGACGCCCGUCUGCAGAACUCUGAGGCCCAGCGGCAGCAGGCUGAGCGCAGCCAGGAGGACCGUGUGCGACGCCAUGAAACCCGACUCAGUAAGAGGAUGGCCUCAGUGGAGACCAGCCUCCGGCAGGAGCUGCAGCUGCUCAAACAGGAGUACCACAAAGGGUUCCUGUCUGUGCGUGAUGCCAUCGAGUCCCUGCGGCAGAUAGGCGACAUCAAGUCCCGCCUCGACAACGAGAAGCUUCAGAAGGACAUCAGGCACAUCUGCAACAAGGUGGCAGAGCUCAGUGACGUGUGACAUUAUCAGCGGAGAAAGCGCUUCGUGUAACCUGGAGCGAUAGCUUGAAUCUGACUGGAUGACAUGCCAGUGGGAACGGGACGAGUGUCGAGCCCACGGCUGUUUACUUUGCAGCCGUGGGAAACUCACUCUGUCUCUCUGAGAAAGCAUGCAGCGUCGCUAUUAGGAGUUUUUGUAAAAUAGUAUCAGUGACUCAUCAUCAAUUAUUUGACAUUUUAACCAUUUUAAACAUUAAAAUCUGAAAUCACACAAUUGAUAAAGUAACUUGUUUCAAAAA